AUUAAGCAAACCACCUGUGGACGGACAGACAGAGUGCAGCAUGUCAACUUCAAAGCAUCACCAUUACCGAGUCGCCUACGUGUGGCUCCUCCUCCUGCUAUCAUCAUUAUCAUCAUCCUGGGCCAGCGCCGCAGUGAGUGCGAUUGCGGAGCCAGAGGAGGCGGCCUUCCAAGGCCACUGCGGACACACCAGCCCCUGCGAACAACUGUGCUACGAGAUCCACGAUGGAAUGUACGAGUGCGACUGCAUCGAGGGCUACGAGCUGAACAAGAACGGUUACAGCUGUCAAGUAAUUAACGCAACUGCCAAUGGUUUGGAUGGGCGUGGCAAAUCGGACGAGGACGUUCUCUAUCAGAAGGGCGCCUCGUUCAGCGCCAAGUUGGCCAACGAUGAUGUGGGUAAGGAGAUGGCCAAGUCCCCAUUCGCGGGAUCCAACUCGCAAUCCGCUUCGUCGACGGGCGAGAAUGGGUCGGAAUCAGAGGGUUCAGAAGGAGACAGCUACGAUUACGGGGAGCUGGAGGAUAGCAAUUCGGAGACACAGGAGCCGAAGGAGCAGCAAUCGCUGAAUCUUCAGCAGCAGCAACAGAAAGUCAAUUCAAACGAUUACUACAUAUCAGCGGAGAGCAUCAACUUCAACUCGGAGUCGGAAUCUGAGGGUCAGGAUGCGGAUGCGGCUGACUUCAAGGCGGCCAGCACAGCGACACCCACCUCAGUGCCCCCGACUCCCAGCAGAAGCAGCACCACCACCAGCACCACUACGACCAAGACCACAACCACCAGGAGAUCCCCCACCACCAGGGGAAUGCAGCACCGCAACCAGAACCAAGUGGUUGAGGAUUACGGCGAGGGUGAUGGCGAUGGCGAUGCCAGCGAUGACUAUAGCUACAGCUACAAGUCGGACAUGUCCGUCUACGACGAUGUCAACAAUAAUCAAUUAAACUUAAGACGCAACAGCAACAGCAAAAGCAACAGCAACAGCAAAUCGCAAACAUAUCAGCAGACAAGCAAUAGCAACACGGCCAAGAACAGGAGAAAGAACCUGAGCACAAGCGUAACCAGCAAUAAGGUCCAAAUGCAUAUCACUAGGGAGUCCACCUCCAACAUAUCAGCAGGGGAGAAGAGCGGAGUGGGAGCAACCAUGACAACAGACAGCACUCCCACUUGCAAUCUGGAUUGUGGCUCCGAUGGAAUCUGUGCCUUGGAGGCCACUGCCGCCAGCUCUCGAUGUCUUUGUCCCUUUGGCAAGACGGGCAAUGGCUGUCAGGAAGAUAUUCGAGCCCAUGUGCCGCGUUUUGCCAAGCGUUCCUGGCUAGCAUUCCCUGCUCUCCAUGGCGCUUAUAAGCACGUUCAACUGCGCAUCGAAUUCCGUCCAGAGUCUUUUGACGGCAUUAUCUUAUUAAGCGGAGAGCGGGACGAUUUGACCGGAGACUUUAUGGCUCUUUUACUGAACAAGGGCUUCGUGGAGUUCUGGUUCGACUGCGGAUCCGGUGUAGGCAGUGUUCGAUCCCGAGAAACCAUCCUGCUGAACGAAUGGAACUCGGUGAUCAUCUAUCGGCAUCGAUGGGAUGCCUGGCUGGUGCUUAACCACGGCACCAAGGUGCAGGGGAGAUCGAAUGGUUUGUUCUCACGCAUCACCUUCCGGGAACCAGUGUUUCUGGGUGGAAUUGGCAACAUAACCGGAUUGGCCAAGCGACUGCCUCUAGCCGAAGGUUUUGCCGGCUGCAUCCGUCGCUUCGUGGCCAACGAGCAUGACUACAAGUUCACAGAGCACCCGUUGGGCGAUGUGAUUAAUGGAUUUGAUAUACAGGACUGCUCCACGGACAAGUGCGUGAGAUAUCCUUGCCAGCAUGGUGGCAAGUGCCUGCCCUCAGAUCAAGGCGCCAUUUGCCUGUGCCCCAUAGGAUUCGUUGGAGAUCUGUGCGAGAUUCGAAUGGACCUGCAGGUUCCCGCCUUUAAUGGCUCAUCGUUCCUGCGCUACGCACCACUGGGCGAUAGUGCCCUCAUCUGGUUAGAGCUCAAGGUUACCCUGAAGCCCGAACAGACAGACGGACUGAUUCUCUACUCGGGACCGGAACAUCGAGGCGACUUUAUAGCGCUCUACCUAAACGACGGCUUUGUGGAGUUUGCCUUUGAUCUCGGCAGUGGUCCAGCUCUAGUCAGGAGCGAGCAUUCCCUCAGUCUGGGUCAAUGGCACACCAUCAAGAUCUCGCGAACAGCUCGACUGGCGGUUCUGAAGGUGGAUCAACACCAGGAGGUCAUGACCAUCUCGUCGAAUGGCUUCUGGCACUUGUCUUUGGACCAGAAUCUCUUUGUGGGAGGCGUGAACCACGUGGAUCGCCUGCCUUUGGACCUCAAGUACAAGCCGUUCUUCGUUGGCUGCAUCCAGAGGAUUGACAUCAAUGGCCACUCGCUGGGCAUUGUGGCGGAGGCUCUGGGCGGCAGCAACAUCGGCAACUGCCCCCACGCCUGUGUGGCGCGUCCCUGCGGCCCCCUGGCGGAGUGUGUGCCGCAAAUGGAGAGCUACGAGUGCCGCUGCAGCAUCCACAACGAGCGCUGCAACAAGGCCGCCGAGGUGCCACUAGAGCAGCUGCCCGAGUUGGCUCUCCACAAGUCCAAGGUCCUCGAGACGAAGGACAAUGGCGAGGCGGUGAAGAAGGUGUCUGGCUUUGCGCACAAGAAGCAUUCCAAGAAGCACAGGAAUUUGCAUAAGCCAACCCCUGCCACGAGCACGAGCACAAGAAGUCCAACCACCAGUACCACAACCACUGAGGAAGCCACUGCGGGGGCGCUAAGCAACGAGGAAAUCGAAGAUGAUAUCAUAUUCCGCUUUGUGCAGCAGCAGCAGCAGCAGAAGGAGCUCAAGAGGCAGACGUCUACUACUGAACAGGUCCCUUCCACUCCGACUGCCCCACCUAAGCCCAAACCCAAGCCCCGGUUUGCGGGAAAGCACCAUGCCAGCAAGCAUGAGCACCACCAGAAGCCCAACGCAGCCUUCACCCGCAAGCUGAGUCGCCUGCCCACGCACUACGAGAGUUUCCAGACGAACCCCGACAGCGACAUCCUCACCUUCGAAGACAACAACGACUGGGUGGCCAGUCUGCAGCAGCAGGAGUACGGCGAUGCCAUGGCGGCCAGUCAGCCCCCUUUGCUAGCUGAGGAGGAGGGAAGCCCCAGCAAGCGAAACAACAACGAAGCUGAUGAUGAUGACGCCUUUGUGUUCGAUGAAUCCCUGUUUGAUGCCUCGGACGGCACGGAGGAGUACCAGCGCAAGCAGCUGGCCCAGGACAUGAAGCGCAUCAUGUCCAACUCGAAUGCUCACUCGAGUCACAAGAAGGCGGAUGUGCAGUUCCCUUCCCUUGGGGGUUCCCCCAGCGAAGACACCUCUCAGUACAGCGACGAUUACAACGAUGAUGAUGAACUUCUAACGCCCGUCAUGCAGGCUGGCGUGGAGGAGGUCAAGUCCAGCACACCGCAGACCCACACCGACUGGAGUCUUCUCAAGAAGAUCGACCUGUCCGCCGAGCAUCAGUCGCAGAUUCAGGGGGUUCGCAAGAAUUUCGGAGCCUGCUUUGCCGGCAGCGACAGCUACUUUCACUACAACGACGCGGACACCAUGAGCCAGGUGAUCAGCUACAGCAUCGACCUCAAUCUGCGCAUCAAGACGCACUCGGAGAACGGGGUGAUCCUGUGGACAGGACGACAGGGAACGACCGAGGAGCACGACGACUACCUUUCGCUAGGCAUCGAACAAGGGUACUUGCACUUCCGCUAUGAUUUGGGUUCUGGUGAGGUGGACAUCCGUUUCAAUGGCACCAAGGUCAGCGAUGGCCUGUGGCAUCGAGUGAGAGCCAUAAGGAACUCCCAAGAGGGCUAUCUGGAGGUGGAUGGAAGAAAGACGGCCACUCUGAGAGCUCCUGGCAAACUGCGCCAACUGAAUACGGACACGGGCCUGUAUGUGGGUGGCAUGCCCGACGUGGGAUACUUUACGCACCAGCGCUACUUCAGCGGAAUAGUCGGCUGCAUCUCGGAAAUCGUUUUAGCCGGCGAAAUGAAACUGAACUUCGACCCCAAUACGCUGGGAACGGAGCACAACGUGGAGACGGGCCUCCUAUGAAACGCUGCACGCACGCCUCAAGACUUUUGAUAUCGACUAGUUUAAAUGUUAUGUUAACCACACAAAUGUCCUUCGUCGGUUUGUGUUUGUACAAAUACGCUUUUAAAACAGAAAAACAGAGAGAGAGAGUUAGGGUGAGGAAGAUUUUUUUACACCAGGAGAUGCAGGAGUGACGAACUAAAUCUAGAAGGGAAACAUACUACAUAUUAUAUACAAGCAUAUUGAGUAUAUACAAAGGCAUAUAUAUAUAUAUAUUUAAAAGCAGAGGAAACGAAAAACCAAAAUCCCCAAAACCAAGGCACGCUUCUUAUAGAGCCUGUGACUGUCAAUACUUCAGAUCGGAAUAGUUUAUAUAUAACUUUAGCAAAGGAUUUAUAUCGGUAUCGGAGGAGUAAGUCAUAUAGAAUAUGAAAACACGAGAUAAGAGCGGAAAAUCUGAGUAACCAAGCUGUCCAUUUGGCGCGAAAUUGACGAUUAACGAUUAACAAAUAUCGAUAGCGAUACUUUAGUGUGUGGUCGCUUUUUUUGAACGAACCGUUACGCUUUUAAUGCAGAGCUGCCAUCUUUUUGUACCACACACACGCGGACACAACACACACUCACACUAACACGGUUACAAAUGCAAAUUGGCAAUUCUUUCGUUUUUCGCAUUGCUGUACCUUAAACUAUGAACUGUAAACUGUAUAACUGUACAUUCUGUACUAUUUGGCGCUUCUUGGAAGGUCUAGUCCAAAAAUCGAACGAAUCAAAGACCGUUAGGCGGGAAGAGGGGUUAGAAGGUAAACGAGAUGAGAUCGAAUGAGGAAACAAACAUAUUAAGUGGUAAGUUAAUAAAUGUGUAGUGUGUACUAGAUCGUAAGUCGGCACACUCGAACACGAACACAAGUCACAUCGACACAAACACACACACACGCCUGCCUAUAUUAACUUUUAUAUCAAAAUCGUAAGAUACUAAAGACACCAAAGAAACUUAAGACAUACGUAAGGACACCAAACACUCGAACACACGCUGAACCAGAACAACAACUUGUGAGCGAUUUUUAACAAUUUAUACUAAACAACACACACAAGAACCACAAACAGAGACAAC